AUGGCCCGACAGUCAACAGCCACUUCUGACGUUGCGAAACCGAGCGUCCCCCUCGAAACUGCCCUUCUACUUUACCCACUUCACCAGACUCUGCUGGUUGUGCUACACUACCUCACCACAACCAGCUUGCUUACAGCUGAGUUGCAGCUUCUCUCGAUCGCCUUGAUCAAUGUGCUCUUUCUCGCGCACUCGCCUCAGGCGACCAUUCUCCAGGCGCUGCUAUGGGGUGGCGGUGUUGGCGUGCUUGUCGUCUGCGGACCGGUGAUUCGAUGGGGCAUCGCCUUGGCUAGGGUUCCAAGGCUGCGCUUCAGGCGCGUUAUGUCUCCCUCGAAGAAACGCUCGGUAUUUGGAUUUCUAUCCGAAGGACUAUCCAUGAGGCGCUUCAAGCACGAGCUGCUAGGCUCUUCUUUGGAAGAGUCGGCAUCAGAAGCUGGAGAUUCGGAGGACGACAUCGGAGCCUUUGCGAAGCCUCUCAGGGUCAGAACAUUCGGUGUUGCCGACAUGCCCUCUCACGCGGAUCACAAAUACGACGCGCCGGUCUCUGACAAUUCUCUGGACUCCCCAGACGGCUUCACUGUUAGUCGGAGGAAUACGUUUCCCUACGCACUGCAGAGACCCCGUCCCCGUCGGUCACUGACGCACACAUCGGGUGGCCGUAGGAAGCGCACUGCUUCAACAACAGUUCGCUCGUUCUUCAAACUCACGGAAGCUCAAGCUACUUUGAGAAAGUGGAUGUACGCCGCCUAUGUGUACGUCAGCGUGGUCUCCAUCAUUCUCGUACCCGUUCGAGAAUACAUUGGCAGAUAUGCCCUUCAGGGCAACGAGCCCGUCGGUUGGGCGCUGGGCUACCUGGUUGGUGAACUUCAAUGGUUCAGAUUUCAGGUCGUGAGCACCAAUCUGGAACGAUGGAUUUGUCUGCCCGAAAGACUGAGCGAGGACAGCCAGGCGACUUGCCAUCAGGGCUGGAUGCAGCACAUCCGGCUCUCGGAUUUCGGAGAGGCCAACACACGGCUGCUACUCUGCGCUUACUGGAUCACGAUUGUCAUUAUUGGCUUGACGAUUGUUAUCCGCCUGGAUCCGAAAUACGAGGUCGACACUCGGCGCAAAGUCUUCCACUUCAUGAUGGUGGGCAUGUUUCUCCCGGCAACUUACGUUGACCCCGUCUUUGCCUCAUUGGCUUUGAUUCUCGUCUUAGCCAUCUUCCUCAUCCUGGACCUGCUCCGCGCAAGUCAACUUCCGCCCCUGUCAAAACCCAUCGCUGCUUUCCUCACACCGUACGUUGACGGCAGAGAUCACAAAGGACCCGUCGUCAUUUCACACAUCUUCCUCCUCAUCGGUUGCGCGAUCCCUCUGUGGUUAUCCUUAGCAACCCUUCCACGCACGGGAAGUGGCUACUUAUCCGGCUGGGAAGUGCCAACGCGUGAAGUCAGCAUGGUGGCGGGCGUCAUUUGUGUUGGGUUGGGUGACGCGGCAGCGUCCCUGAUCGGUCGCCGCUUCGGCCACAGGAAGUGGAUUUGGGGCGGCGGAAAGAGUCUCGAGGGCAGCGUCGCGUUCGCGACUGCAGUCUUUCUCGGCCUCAUGGCCGCGACAACUUGGCUGAGAGUGGGAGAGUGGCCCGUCGCUUCGGAGCAGCAAGUCUCUUGGCCUUCCGCGGUGCGAAACGCCGGCUUCUGUGCAAGCAUGGCCAGCCUGACGGAGGCCGUUUUGACGGGAGGGAAUGAUAAUGUUAUCGUGCCAGUGGUCCUCUGGACGUGUGUCAAAAGCAUCGGGGUGUAA